AUGGCUUCAAACGCCAGGGUCCCAAUCUAUGCAGUUUCCUCUUGGGUGAGCAUAGUUUCGCUCCGAGCAUCCAUGUUCCUAAGCCCGAUUCGUGAUAUCUAUGAGGCGUUUACGAUCUAUACAUUCUUCCAGUUACUGAUCAACUUCCUCGGUGGUGAAAGAGCUCUGAUCAUCAUGACGCAUGGACGUCCUCCAGUUUCGCAUGCGUGGCCCCUGAACCAUUUCCUUCCGAAAGUUGAUAUCUCCGAUCCGCACACAUUCUUGGCAGUCAAGCGUGGGAUUCUCCAGUAUACAUGGCUGAAACCUAUUCUUGCACUUGUCUCUAUCAUUAUGAAGGCGACUGAUACCUAUCAAGAGGGCUAUCUCGGGUUGACCUCCGGGUAUCUCUGGACUGGCAUCGUUUACAACGUCAGCGUCACGAUGAGUCUUUAUUCGCUUGCGAUGUUCUGGGUCUGCCUGCAUGAUGACUUGCAACCAUUUCGACCAGUUCCUAAGUUCCUGUGUGUUAAGUUGAUCAUUUUCGCCUCUUAUUGGCAAGGCUUUUUUCUGUCAAUCCUGCAGUGGCUGGGAGCUCUCUCAAAUGGUGUGGCAGGAUACACGCCGGACAACCUCGCCGCAGCAAUCCAGGAUAGCUUAAUAUGCUUUGAGAUGCCAUUCUUUGCCUUGACUCACUGGUAUGCCUUCUCCUGGCAUGACUAUGCCGAUCCUACCAUUUCCGCCGCUCGGUUACCUGUUGCGUACGCGCUCCGAGAUGCCUUCGGAAUCAAAGAUCUGAUAGAAGACACGAAGAUGACUCUUCGGGGGGAGAAUUACCAGUACAGAUUGUUUGACUCUGGAGACCACAUCAUCCCACAUGCCGAGUCCAAUUCUCGCGUGAAGCGUGUGAUGGACGGCAUGCGGUACGAGCGGGGUGGGAAAGCAAAGUAUUGGAUCCCCAAGCCGGGUGAUAUCAACAGUCGAACUCCGUUGCUGGCCGAGGCGGAGUCGAGCAACCAGAGCAGAAGGGGUAGCACGCUGGAACGCUUCCGCUCAAAUAGUAAUCUCGAGGAGACCACUCUGGACGCGGGUGACGAAGCGUUAUUCACUCAGGCUCGCGCACUAGAAUUUGGAGACUGGAAUUAUCCUGUGAUCACUGCCAAUGUAGUCCCAGGAGACCAACGGCUAGGGUCUACCGCAGCGUAUCAGCAAGUUGAGCACCGAACCGAGCCAGUUAAGAGAGCUCGGAAGCACCGAAAAUCUCGUCCGUCAAGCGAUAAGAACCAGCGACAAGAGACCCCAAGCCAAUCUCGAAGUAACAGCUCCAGAGGAGCGCCUUCUCUUCGCCGUGGCCCAAGCUCCUCUGCAUCCCAUCAUUCCCAUCGUAGUCAAUUGGUCGAUCUUGUGGUCGAGAAUCAAGAGGCUGAGGAGGAGGAACGAGCUCAGGUCCAAAGAGCCUUUGGUUCCACGUGGGUCGAACCAGAACAUAAGCAUUUCCAAAGACCUUCUGGUCAACCAGUCGGCGAGGAAACCGAUGCAGAACAGCCCGCACAGGGCGACAGCACCUUUGUUGAGAACACAGAAAUCGCCCAUCAGAAGAAAGAGGAUGACGAUGAUGAAGAUCCAAAAACCCGCAUCUGGACUUAUGGAGGGAUGGAAGAAGAAAAUGUCUGGGGUCGGUAG